AUAAUGUGAGCCGCUAGGUGAGGUCACCAGAAGCCAUCACAGGAAUGCGAGAACCGGUAGGCCACCAAGUCGUCUCGGUAGCCAACCUAAGCUGCGCAGACUCUACGUAAUGUGAACUGCAAGAAACCAAGCGGAAGAAAGCGUCAACCGAAUAGCCGUCCGCCUCCGAGAAGGAAUUUGCGAUCCUCCACGUCUCUAGACUGACGGCAAGCCUCUUCUAGGGUGUUGUAUGCCAUAUGCCGAACUUGAAUUGAUCGCCAUCUGGCAUGACCACUCUCCGCCCAUUCAUACACGCCACGAUACCAAUGCCUCCCGAUCCUCUAUCCAAGUAGACCAAUGGAUGACUAUCCAGCAGGUAGUCUGGACCAUAAUGUCCCCUUCCUCGUCGUCUCCGGUCUGGGGGCCGCUCCCACCAAGCCCCCCCUCGCAGAUCACGACCCGAGAGAGCACGGCACGCUCAUCCGAUCGGAACUGCCUUCGAUAGAUAGCCGCGAAGCGAGGACUAUUCUCCGUUAUAUCCAAGAGAAGGAUGCCGCUGGCCUUCCCUGGAACUCCGACUCUGGGGAUACCUCGAAGAAAUACAAAUUCAAGAUUCGAGCUAUCGGAAGGGAAUUCCUUCUGCCCCCCCGUCGCGCACACCUCCAGGAAAACUUCGAGACGCCAUUAUCACCACUCAUUCUUCAUUCUCCCUUCUCUCCUCUUAGCCCGGGCUCUACUCUAUACCCGGACGGCUUGAUAGACACACGAUGGCUCCAGAAACACCAGGAGCUCGUGCCUAGCGUCUGCCUGUCGUUCUACAGCCUGACAUCAGACCCGUCCCUCGCGACCCUGCACGACAACCAACUCAGAACAGACAUAAACGCUGUCAAGAAUUCUAUCGGACAGUCGGGUUAUAAGUGCCGCCUCGUCGUGGUCAUCCUAAGCGACCAGUCGCCGGCCUCUGUAGGCCAGUUUCAAGAGAGAUUAGAGUCCAUCAGGAGAGGUACGGGAUUGGAUCCGAAGACAUCUCUUUUUGGCCUGCCCACCCAACGAACUGAGGCAGAAUUAGAGAACGCCGUGGAUAGUGUCCUAGGUGCGGUAUUCGACCAGGCUAUCGAGUACUAUCGCGAUCUGGGGAGGCACGCUCGCAAAAAGAAGGGGAGAGGGGUCGCGCCACAGCCUACUAUUCCGCCAACCAGCGGUACUUCUCACACAUUAUCCCUUCAGGGUUGGAACGUCCGCUACGACUUCAAGACAGCCAUUUUCGCACAGUUCCGACAGGAAAUAGACGUGGCCUUACGCUCUUAUGAACAAGCAUACGAUACCCUAUUUGGCGCCGAUGUUUUCGAAACUAUUCCAGGCUGGAACCCUAGGUUCAAUGAUGCACGGCUCUUGGCUGACAUUAUAGCAAUCCGGGUCUUGAAUUGCUUACUGUGGGCUGGGCAAAGCACUGCAGCUGUUAGGAGGUGGCAAAUACAUCACGACAGGGUAUUCGACCUUGUUGAUCGGAGGGGCCGCGGGACGCAGAACUACGGGUGGAAGGCUUGGGAAGCGAGGUGGUGUACGGUCAUGGCCAACCUAGUCGAGAGGGCGAAUUUCCCUGAAUUGGAGCCGUCCACAAUGCUGUCGUAUCGCCAGCCCGAAAAGAAUCUCUCGGCCGAUCGCCUGCAACCAUGGGAGCUUCUUCACCACCCGGGGUACUGGUACCGCGCGGCUGCGCGGCAUCUCUCCGAUAGACGAAGAUUAGCACACUCCAUAUCCGAAGACGCCCGAGAACCGCCAGACAAGUCUUCGCAACUACAGUCGAAUAAGGCCUACAACUACGACACGUACAUGUGUCCAGAACCCCACGAAGAAUUCCCACUGGUCGGAUCCGGCGUCAACCACGCCCUGUUGAUUUUCAACCACUUAGUGCUAGCACGGAGCGAAUUUCAGAGACGAAACCAAACACGAUCGUCGGCAGAACUUGCGCUCGAGUGCUGCAGGGAGCUUGAGGGGAUGCGUGAAUGGAAACAGAUCUUGGAAAUGCUAACGCCUCUAUGGAGGAGCAUGUCGUUCCGCAGGGAGGGAUGGUGGGACAUCACGGAAACAUUGAGCUGGGCAUUGCGAAAGGCAGCCGCCGAAGCCGGCCAAAGGGAUCUCGUCGUUGCCAUCGACUGGGAACUUCUGCAUAGAGGGUUCUCCAAGCGCCCUGGAUGGCAUUACGAUAUCACCAAGUCAUUGGAUGGUGUAGCCGGGGAAGACAGGGCUGUGGUUGAUAUCAGCGAUGAGCAUGUAACAUCAUUCCUACAAGCCUCCUUUGUAUUCAAAAAUCAAGAGGGAAAGGCCGGACAGAGUUGUCUUGCCCAACUCUCGAUUAUCUCGAGCUCGUUCCGGGAUGCUGCGCCGGUGGUCUUCGACGGAGUUCGAGUUGAAUUCGACGGAAGUUUGCGCACAUUACAUAUAAAACACCGGCCCGGCGAUAAUCAGACGCCAGUAUCUUCAACGCUACACGUUACUAAAGUGGCUUUAGAUGAAGUCGACAUCGGCGAUAGUGUCGGUUCUGACGAUGAUUCCGAGACUAGUUCUCCGGCGACUCGUGCAAUUUUACUCGAGGGGAGAGAUGACUUGACCGUGCUCCCAGGGCAAGCCAGGGUCUUCGAAGUAGAAAUUCCGCUAAGGGAGCCCGGUGACGCCAAAGCGUCGUCUAUACAGGUUCUACUAGCCCCCAAGGAUUUUAUACUUCGAUAUACGAUGAGGGUUCGAGACAGCAACAUGGCGGGCCUUUGGUAUUCACAUUUGUCCUCUCGCAAGAAGAUUACACGGACAAACCCACAUAAAAUCAAUGUGCUUCCAAGGCCGCCGAAGAUGGAGAUCAGACUUGUCAAUUUGCUUGAGCAAUACUAUGCAGGCGAAUCCAUCAGGCUAGGAUUGGAGAUUCUCAAUGAAGAAGAUAGUCACGCAAUUACGACGCUGGAUACAGCCAUAUAUGGGCAGGACCCUCCUAGCUAUAAGGUGCGGAUUGAGGGCGGCGAGGAAAAGUCGAGUGCUACGGGAUUCGAGGAAUCGAGGCUAGACGGCAUCUCGGUCGGAACGGUGCCAAACUCCGAGUCGGCAAAGGCUACCGUCAUUAUUGACCCCGUUGAUCAGCCCGUGGUGUUUGACUUGGUUUUGAAGACUCUGUAUCACCUAGUGUCAGAUCCAGGGACGCCAAUAAUCCAAGAAGUCACAUACCACAUCAAUAUCGUCAACCCCUUCGAGGCAAAUUACGACCUAUCUCCCAGGUUGUAUCCAGAGUGGCCCAACUAUUUCAGCUCGGAAGAUAUCCAGGAGCCGUCUGACGGAGAUGAGAUCGUCCGCCACCCUCGCGGAUUGACCCAGAAAUGGUCCCUUGCCACACGGUACGCUUCUUUUGCGCAGGAAGACUUAACCGUCCUGGAUCUAGAUGUGAGUAUCGUUGCUACGCAAGGGAACGUAAGCUGCAAGACAUCCAAGAGCCAGUCUAUAUCAGAAGAUGGGGCAAUCAUCGGCCCCAAGACGAUCGAAGAAGCACAGUUCGAGCUCAUCGCCCAGAAAUUAGACCUCGAUGAUAGGUCGCCAGCGACAGCCGACCUCGCCUUCACUAUCAAGUGGCGGCGGCUUGCUUCAUCGCCGGGAGAAGUGAAUAGCACGACCCUACCACUUCCGCGAUUUUUUGUCACCAGUUCCGAGCCUCGAGUUCUUGCCGGGGCAUCAUAUUACUCGCCGCCGAGCUCGUCGCCGUCUUCGCCACCUUCUGCUGCGACGCCUCAGUUGGUCUUCCUCGACAUCACGAUAGAGAACCCGUCGUCUCACUUCCUGACGUUCGGGCUCACGAUGGAGCCCAGCGACGAGUUCGCGUUCUCGGGGGUCAAGACGACAACCCUGAACGUGCUUCCGGUCGCCCGCAGGUCGGUUACGUACCGGCUGCUGCCGCUGGUGAGGGGCGCGUGGGUCCGACCGACGCUGGUCGUGCGUGACAAAUACUUCCAGAAAAUCCUCAAGAUCAUCCCGACGGAAGGGAUGAAGAGCGAUAAAGAGGGCAUCCUGGUGUGGGUUCCUCCCGAAGACGAAGUCGACGGCGACGGCGACAGCAGCCUCUCGGCAGGAAACGACCCGUCUGAAACAGCUCGAGAGACGGAAGAAUAGAACGCUUGGGUCUGGGUCUAGGUUCCGUGACGGGUUAUGGGGAGAUGGCGUCCCCUUUUUGCCAAUCUCUGUAGAAAUUUUAAGAUAUCUUUAUGGUAAUGCGUUAUAGGUUCUAUCAACGAUAUCGACGUUAGAGUCGAUAUUACCGGAACCAAAUCCCAGGCUCCAGGGCGCCUGUCUUACAGUACCUACGUGAUCCUCACAGUUGACGCUUUAUCGAAUCCUUGAAGCUCUCCAGGGCCCGAUAGGGGUACAUCUAAUCAACAGAGGGACCAGCACC